CUGGAAGAAGCGAUGGCGGCGGUUCAAACUAAGCGAGACCUGGAGGAGGAUUAUUCGCUACUGCCGGUGGUUCACGACAUCAUUAAGUGCAUAGACAAAGACAGCGCUGAUGUGCACCAGGAGCUGGUCAAACUCAAGUCUAAGAUUCAGGAAGCCCGAGACCAGAUCAGCUCCAUGCCUGGGAUUGACGUGAGUCCAGCGGUGCAGCAGCAGCAGCUUCUGACGCUGCGAGAACAAGUGCGGACGAAGAAACAGCUGCUGAAGAAGUACAAGAGCCUCUGCAUGUUUGAAUUGCCCAAAGCUUCGUAA